AUGCUUUCCUACGCAGUACUUUUCCUCGCAGCAGUGCCUGCGUAUGCCUUCGAUGCCGCGGACUUGCGCGCGAAGGCCAACGUCGCCGCGGUCCUUAACAAGAUCGAAAACGGCUUCACGCUCUCCACCACGCAGCCGCCGUACUCCCUCUCCGAGAAGAAGGAGGGUGCGUGCGACGACGACAAGCUCCGCUUCAACUGCAUCAGCGUCGACCUCAAGAUCAAGGACUUUGCGAACGCGGGCGGCAAGUUCACCUCGGACUUCAAGUACAACACCGACGUGGACAUCACCAACGACAGCGAGGAGCCGUCCAAGAUCAUCUCCAAGCAGAGCAAGGCGAUCAAGGUGGGCACGACCAAGGGCUGGAAGAUUGGCGCCAAGUUCCACGCCAAGGGCGGCAAGAAGGACGUCUUCGAGGGCGGCGGCGAGGUGACCGGCGAGUACUCCAAGACGGAGACGACAGAGACGACGACGACGACGGAGAUCACGCGCGAGGGCAUCUGCCGCCCGCAGGCCGAGUGCGCCAUCGUCACCAUGUCCUUCUUCGUCGAGUACGCGGGCAAGUGCACGCGCAAGCCGUACCGGUACUGCGACGCGGCGAGCGGCGACCGCGACUGGUGCAAGACGUACUCAUGGUCGCCGUGCCCGUUCGAGCGCAACUUCCACAGCGACAACUGCAACGGCAAAGAGUACAAGACGAUCGACCCGUGCGGCUUCACGGCGCCGGUGCUCAACGACGCCGGUGGGCAGUUCACCAAGACGCUGCUCGUGUCCAGGCCGCUGCUGGCGAAGAAGAGGGGCGACUUUGACGAUUUGAUUGUCGAGUUCCUCGACUAA